UGUGUGAAGCGGAGUAGUCCGGUCUGUGGCGAAAGGGCGGCGGUGGUGUGAGGACCAGAGACACCGGGAGAUGAGGAAUAUGUCGGCGUGAGGCAACUUCUCGGUGCCCACGACAGCGAAGCUUUUUUCGCCAGGUUUGUCUCGCUAGCCACCUACUAGCCUACUUCCCACCUUUACCACCACCAUCGUGGUAGCCAUGGCAACCAGUGCAGUGCCAAGCGACAACCUGCCGACGUACAAGCUGGUGGUGGUGGGGGAUGGCGGCGUGGGGAAGAGUGCUCUCACCAUCCAAUUCUUCCAGAAGAUCUUUGUGCCAGACUAUGAUCCCACCAUAGAGGACUCAUACCUCAAACACACAGAGAUAGACGGACAGUGGGCCAUUCUGGAUGUGCUGGACACAGCAGGACAGGAGGAGUUCAGUGCCAUGAGGGAGCAGUACAUGAGAACAGGAGACGGCUUCCUCAUAGUCUUCUCUGUGACUGACAAGGCCAGCUUUGAGCACGUCGACCGAUUCCAUCAGCUCAUACUACGGGUCAAAGACAGGGAGGCCUUCCCCAUGGUGUUGGUGGCCAACAAAGUGGACCUGGUCCAUCUGAGAAAGGUCACCAGUGAGCAGGGCCAGGAGAUGGCUGCCAAACAUAAUAUAACCUAUAUUGAGACCAGUGCCAAGGAUCCUCCCAUGAAUGUGGACAAAGCCUUUCACGAGCUGGUCCGAGUUAUAAGGCAACAGGUGCCAGAGCGGAGCCAGAAGAAGAAAAAGAAGAUGAAAUGGAGAGGAGAGCGUUCAACAGGUUCUCAUAGAUUCCACUGUGUAAUAUUGUGACCUCCCUCAUCCAGGUCAUUCAUAACAUACACACACAAACACACACACACAUCUACGCACACACACACACACGCCCACACACAUACCUUUUGGAUGUCAGGGAACACUGCACCCUAGCAGUUGCCAACUACUGGAGCACAAAUCGGAGGGAUCGCUAGGUGGCAAAAUGGAAAGAGAGUGAUGGAAGGAGACCUGAAUCCAAAACACCUGACCUACUCGGACCAAGUUCCCGCAGCAUCUCGCAACGCUUUGGAAUGAGCGCUGUGACCACCUUACUGAAUUUCUGGUUCCCUUCUAAGGUUUUGGAUCCCUCCCCUCCCAGUUGAGUCCAGAAUGGUGUCACUAAACUGUUUCUCUGUCAAGUUAAGUUUCAACUUCAUUGUCACUGAGGGCAUAAGACUAGAGUUUCUGGGGGAAAAGUACUGAGAUCAGAAUUACCAUGAUGUUGGAACUUGUAUCUUCUUCGGAAAGGGAAGGAAAUGGAAUGAAAUGGAAGGAACCAGAGGCUCAAGCUGGCACCGUGUUAGCAGUUCAUUUCAUUAUCUAGCUCCAGCACCUUGCUGUUCAUCACCUAUCUAGCCUCGUGCCCCCUCUCUUGCCAUUUCAGACGUGAAGAAAAGGACCUGUGUGAAAUCUGUGGAUAAGCUGUUUUGGUUCUCAGUGCUGAGGUAGCACUAAGAGUGAACAUCUGAAGGGGAGGGUGAAGAGUGGUGACAGCCUGGCUUUGGGGAAACCUAUGAAAAUUAAUGUUUUGUGCUGUUGUCAAUGGGUAACCUGUGAGUUCUGUGAGUAUAGCGUGUACAUUGUGGUCAUGUGAUGCCAUUUGGUUUUGAAAAGUCAAAUCAAAGGUGGAGGGGGAGAGUGUAUCGUAGCAAGCAGAAGAAAUGUGGCUGCAUCCUGAGAAUACGUGUCAAAAUGGCUGACAUGGAUGAAAGCUAUGCUGAUAUUAGCUAAUAUUUUUGAAGAAUUUAAUUAAUGGUGAAAUGUGUAAAUGCUAGUCAUUGAUUGUAAAGGAGAGUCAAGUUUGUUUGGUGUAUGUAAUUACAUCUCAGUGUAACCCCAAGGGGCUUAAUAUUUUUUAGCUACCAACACUGACAUGUUUACACACACUCCUGUAAUUUGAUUUUUUUUUCCACCACAUACAUAAAUCAGAGCCCCUUUUCAUCAGGAAUUAUGAUAACCUUGGAAUAGGUUACCUCUGCAGUCAUUGCGAAUGGUGAGAUGACUGCAACAAGAUGAGUAAUCCUGGAUCAAUACUGUAUGAACAGUGGCGCUGAUUAUUUUUUUAACCUUUGCAGUCAUAACUACUAAGAUUGUCUACAAAGAAAAUCAUCUGUUUUGUCUCUAGAUGAUAUAUAACAUGACAAAUUAAGUGGUGAACAUAAAAAUCAGAUUAUAGGUGGCAGUGUAAACAUGUUCAGAGAUGUUCUGAAGGAUCUGAAGGAAAUCUUACAUGGAAAUAGAAUAGAAAAGGGAUAAUGAGGGCUACACCUUUCAGAUCUGAAACGGGCUAGAGAAGCUGUUUUGCACUGGCCACUAACCAAAUGAUGUGAUGUCACUUCAUUUCAGGGCUGUAGGAAUGAAGAGUCUGCGUUCUGUAGGCAAAAGGGGAAAUAAAACUGCUUUUCGCAUUGCAGGGUUUUUGCCUAGAGAUAUCCUAGGCUGACAGUUUGCGCAGGCUGCUUCAGCCCCAUUACACACUGCACCAGUUAAUCAGGACAAUGUUCUAGGGUAAUGAUGAUGAUGUUAACCAUGAUUAGUCAAGGAUAACACUGCUCCAGAGCUGGGGUCUCUAGUCCUGGGUGUAACUCGGAGUUAACACACCUCUGAAUGUGCUAGUGUGACACUCCUGUCAGCUCAAAGCCAUGGUAGCCUAGCUAGUGACCAAGUUAGGUUGUAAGGGGACCACAAACUCGAAGCAACAAGACAUUCAAUAUGUUUGUAGUCAGAGAGGCGUAUAUGAGUGUACAAUUUAAUAACCUAUGAAAUGGCUUGUACUGUUAACGCACUAAAAAGGUUUGGGGGAUUUUUUUUGUCUGGAUGAAUACCAUCUCUUGAAGGAGUAAGUUUUUGCACUUUUAAUAGAAACUCUGACUUUCCUAUUGGCAUGUUGUUUUCUUUUCAAAUCUGUAAAUGAAAGGGAAGGCAUGGUCAAAAUAAUUUGAAUGUAAAAUCAACUACAACAAAACAGGCAAAUGGAGUUGUAGCCCUAUCUGCCUGUGUGUGCCUGUUGCCUCGGAGGGACGAGCGUAACAGAGCUGAAAUUUGUUGGAUUUAAACAGUCUCAGAGUUUUUGGAACUGUAAUUCCAUAUUUGAAAUGAAAAUGUUGAAUUGAUCAAGGAGGCUGAGUAUGAGACAGAUUCUUUGUUGCAUUGUAAUGGAAACCCACCUCCAGAAUGAAAAGUUGACCUCAGCAAAGGAAAAGAUACAGUAUUAAUCUACAUUGCUAAUUGCGACUUUGAAAAGCUCAAAAGAUUUUUUUCCAGAGAAAAUACAGGUUGAUUGUCAGUGAGGCAACAGACUCUGGGGCCGAGGGGAGAAAAAACAAACAAAAAAAAAAACAAUGUGUUUGAUGAAAAUGGUAUAUCAUGUAUGUUUGAUACCUUUUUGUAUUAUUGAUAUGAUUCUUGCGAAGUGUUUUUUAAACAACUGAAUAAUUUAUUACUGUCCAUGUUACCUCAGUGUGUCCCAGACCUGGACAAAAACUCUUUAUAAAAUAGUUUUCAGUUCUGUUUAAUUUAGAGCAGCGGUUAUUCAUCUAUAGACUGGGACUCAAAAUGGGUACUAGUCCAUUUGCCUUCGUGCCCCGCCAUGUCAAGACUUGUAAUAUGCUUUAAUGAGCCUGUGGGCCAAGGUGAAGAAACAGAAUUUACCCAGAUUGUGUCCCGAGCUAGAAGUACUUUAAGGUCCUCUGAUUUACAGGAGCUCACUGGUGCACAUGGAUAGCCUCAAAAAUGUGCACCGUGGUCAAAUCAAAGAUUGUAUAUCAAAAGGAGGAUGAUAGCCAUCAUGAGCCCUAAGGAGCAUUUAUACUCCAAUGUGUAAUUUGAAAGAAUUAUGCACCCAUUUGCUCACUUCCAGUGUUUAAAGUCAGCUUACAGUAUCAAGCAGACCUACCUCAAGUACCACCCUAGUGUCUCUGAGUGGACUAUUUGACUUUGGUUUUGGUUUGAGGUCCAAAUUAUUAUUUGAAAUAAAUUCAGUCCCUUUUCUUGGAGUUUUCGAUUAUGGCUGAUAAGGAACGUAAUUUGUCCUUCCAACCUUGCAGUUCUAGAAGACCAAAGAAAAUGCUCAAAGUAACUAAAACUACUUAUAAAUUGAUCCUGGUCUGUCUGCAAGCCAAAUUCUGCAUACUUGAGAAGUAUGCAGAAUUGUCCAAAAUGCUGGCCUUUCAUAUUGAGAAAAACGGCCUGGUUUUCAUACAGCUGCCCAUUCAUUUUGGAAGUUCAGCAAUGGGUUCUGUGGGUCAUCAAACACUGUCAACACAUAAAAGACCAUGUAAACUUUAAAUUUGGAUUGAAAAAACAACAUUUGUCACACCACAGCAGUGAAAUGUGUUUUUGGCCAGGUCUGUUGUGUUCUAACUGGCUGUGUCAGACUGAAGAGCUAGACGAGGCACAAACAAAUAAACUGUGGCCUUUCUAUCUAGCCUCAGGGGUCGAUUAUAUUUCAAUAAAGAAAUACAAGUAUUGUGA